GUUAAAAAUGGAUAAAAAAAAAUGACAAAAGAAAAGGAAAAAGAAAGAUGCAGAGGAGAUAAAAAUAACCUGGUUUCAAUCGCGGGGCUCUUAUGACUCAUGAGCCAAAAGAUCGUCCACUGAGGUUUUAACUUCCUUUGGCUGCAGCUAAUGGCAACCAUAACGACAUUUCCUAAUCAUCCAAGAAUUGCUAGGCUUCCUUAUAAAGAGUGUGGUGGAUCUGGAGAUGUAGUUGUAAGAUGCAUAGCAUGCUUUCAUAAGGCUGCUCUUUCCUUUGACCAGAAACUCUAUUCUCAAUGUUCUUAUCUCUAUUUUGCUGAACCAUAUUGCGACAGAAAUUUCAGGAAGAGAGAGUGGCAGAUUAGGAGUAGUGUAGGUAGCGGUGGAUUGGAUCCUUCUACAUCAAAUAGCACUAGUGGUGGAACACGAUUGGUUAGGGCCAUCCAAACUUUGCAGACCAAGAUAGUUGCAAGGAUUGAAGAUAUAAGGAAAAAUCUCCCAGUAAAGUUACUCUUUUUUUUGGUGGGAUUUUAUUGUGCUACUGCCUUUGCCACUGUUAUUGGUCAGACAGGUGAUUGGGAUAUUCUAUCUGCCGCCUUGGCUGUGGCAAUAGUGGAAGGCAUUGGAGCCCUUAUGUACAGAGCUUCUUUUCGCAUGUUCAACAAUAUUAGGAGCCUUAUAACCAUGUUUAACUACUGGAAGGCUGGGCUUUCUCUCGGACUAUUCUUGGAUUCAUUUAAAUAUGAAUUUGAUGACAUUAUGAACUGCAGUAAUCCUUUUUACUUUGAAAUGGAUAUAUUCACUAUCUUCUUGUGAAAGUCAAAUGUUUUUCUUUUUUCUUUUUUAUUUUUAAAUUUUAAACAUAAUUUGUAUGUAAGCAUUUUGAAGCAGCGAUGAAGCUCAAUAUGUUAAUAUGUAAAUAUCUUUGUGAAGCAAGUUGCCUGUUGGGGCAUUUGUUUUA